AUGUUAGUUCUUCUCUUGAUGUAUGGGUUACUUGGAAGCAGCUUAGUUUCAGCAAAGACUUAUUACCAUAACUUUGUUAUCAAAGAAACUAAAUGCACCCGGCUUUGCGCGACAAAGAACAUCUUAACGGUGAACGGGCAAUUCCCCGGGCCAACACUCUAUGCACAAAGGGGCGACACCAUCAUGGUCAAAGUUUUUAAUAAUGCAAACACCAACAUUACCAUCCACUGGCACGGAGUUGAUCAACCGAGGAAUCCAUGGUCAGACGGGCCAGAGUAUAUAACACAAUGUCCGAUUCGACCGGGUACUGGCUUCACCUAUAACAUCAUCUUGUCCGAAGAAGAAGGAACUCUUUGGUGGCAUGCACACAGUGAUUGGGACCGUGCAACAGUCCAUGGAGCCAUUUUCAUAUAUCCAAAGAUAGGGUCUUCUUUGCCUUACCCUAAGCCGGACAAGGAGAUCCCUAUCAUUCUUGGUGAGUGGUGGAAGAGUGACGUCGGCGAAGUGCUUGCUGAGUCGCUGCGCACCGGCGGUGAUCCUAAUAUCUCAGACGCUUACACCAUUAAUGGUCAACCCGGUGACUUGUACAAUUGCUCCAAGAAAGAUACCUUCAAAGUAAUGGUUGAGUAUGGCAAGACAUACCUUCUCCGGCUAAUAAACGCCGCCAUUAACAACGAGCUCUUCUUCGGCAUCGCCGGGCACAAGCUCAGAGUCGUCGGCACCGACGGAGGAUACCUCAAACCUUUCGACACAGACUACGUCAUGAUCACCCCCGGCCAAACAAUGGACCUCCUCCUCUUCCCUAACCAACCCUUCAACUCCUCCUCCAAAACCCAAUACUACAUUGCAACCAAACCUUAUGCAAGUGCCUUCGGUGUCCGAUAUGAUACCUCGAGCGCCACCGCCAUUUUACAAUACAAAAACUUCAAACCAAACAAACUUUCACCAUCAAAAUCUCCAUCAUUCCCAACUCUCCCAGAUGACAAUGACACCAAUUCUGCAACUGAUUUUACUACAAAGCUUAAGAGCUUGGCAAGCCAAGAACAUCCCGCUGUUGUACCGAAAGAGAUCGAUGAAAGAAUUAUUAUAACUGUAUCAAUGAACUUAUUACCUUGCAACAAUACAACACCAUGUCUUGGGCCACAGAGUGGAAGAUUAGCUGCAAGUUUAAACAACAUAAGUUUUCAGGAACCUGGGAUUGAUGUUCUUGAUGCUUAUUAUAAUCAGAUACCAAAUGUUUAUGGUGAAGAGUUUCCUCAAGAACCACCUUUUUAUUAUAAUUUUACUGAAGAUAACUUGCCAAGGGUGUUGUUGUUGCCAAAGUUGGCAACAGAGGUGAGGGUGGUGGAGUAUAAUAAGAGUGUUGAAGUGGUGUUUCAAGGGACAAGUUUGUUGGCAUCUGAGAACCAUCCUUUGCAUUUGCAUGGGUUUAGGUUUUAUGUGGUUGGGAGAGGGUUUGGGAACUUUGAUAAGGAUAAGGAUCCUCAGAGUUAUAACCUUGUUGAUCCUCCAUUGGAGAAUACUGUUGGAGUUCCUAAGAAUGGUUGGGCUGCUGUCAGGUUUAGAGCUAGUAAUCCUGGAGUGUGGUUUAUGCAUUGUCACUUGGAUAGGCAUGCAAGUUGGGGAAUGGACACUGUGUUUAUUGUGAAGAAUGGGGAAAAGCCUGAGGAGCAAAUGCUCCCACCUCCAAAGAAUAUGCCCAAGUGUUAGUUGGGAACUUAACCAUACAGAGGGAAAAAGCACAUAGAUAUGAUUAAAUGAUUCAUUUAAUUUGACAUUAAGUAAAGAUUUGUUGGUAUA